AACUAUUUACGAACUGUCAUUUAAGAAAACAAAAUUCAGUUUGAGUGAAGCAAUUGCCUGGAGAAGUUGUGAAAAUGAAGACGAAUUUUAAAGCCGGUGAUCUCGUUUGGACGCAUCUUAAGAAAGAUACUGUUGCGGUGUGGCCUGCUCGGGUGGAAAACCAUCCUGAUCAGGCUGCGAAAGGACAGAUCUAUGUGUACUAUUUUAAUGGCAAACCCAAUAAGCAGAACGGUUGGGCUGCUCCUAGCAGUAUAACCGAGUACAAUGAAGAAACCAAAGCAAAACUGUCACAGGCUUCGUCUCGGGCUGAUUUCAAAAUAGCAGUGGCUGAAAUUGAAGCUGAAUAUCAGAAGUCUCAGAGUAAGGAAGACUCAGAAAAGGGCGAUGCUGUAGAACCCGAAGCCGAGGCUCCAAAGCCAGUCCGCCAGUCUAAGAGGAAAUCCAGCAAUGAAAGUGGCGAGUGUUCGACAUCGGCAAGUAAAAUUGCCAAAGGGAAGAGAAAACCAGCGAGCGAACCAGUUGAAAAUGGAACCAAACAGUACAAAGCUAUUGUGGCUGAUACUGUUGUUGGUGGUGAUGGCAGAACGUCGCCAAACUCUGAGUUAGAUCCCAUCGAUCAAGCGAGCUUGGUAACUGGUGAUUUCGGAGGUACCCCGCAAGACAUGACUCCAACGUCCAUUAUUGGAUUCUUGGGCCUUGGCAUCAUGAGUACUGGCAUGGUGAAUAAUCUCAUCAAGGCUGGUCAUAAGGUGAAUCUAUGGAGCCGUCAGAUUGAUAAGUGUUACAAGCUGAAGGAAAAAGUGGACGAAGUUAAUGAAGGCCAGGUGAACGUAUGUGUGGCUCCAUGCGAUGUGAUGAGCGAAUCGGACAUUGUGUUCAACUGCUGCUCUGAUCCAGAAACUGCCCAAAAGAACGUAAGUGAUAAUUGCGGUGUCACCCACGACUGUGAGAAUUUAAAUGGGAAAGGGUUCGUUGAGAUGACAGGAAUCGAUCCCAAUACUUCACUCAAACUUAGUGAAUACAUCCACGCCAAAGGAGGAAGAUAUUUGGAAGCUCAGCUUCAAGGCAGUCGUGAUGAGGCUGCUGAUGGUACGCUGCUUGUUUUAACUGCGGGAGACAACAGUCUAUUCAUAGACUGCCAGAGCUGUUUCCAGGCCAUCAGCAAAUCUUCACUUUAUUUGGGAGAAGUCGGAGUUGCCAGCAAAGUUUAUCUUAUUAUGCAACUCAUGCAAGGCAUUUCUCUCGUUGGAUUGGCUGAAUGUUUAGUUUUGGCGGACCGUUGCGGUAUAUCAGGAAAAGACAUAAUCAACAUUUUCAACAUGACCAAUAUGUCAUCUCCCUAUCUAAGGAAGAAAGCGAAUAAGAUCGUCGAUAAAGACUUCAAACAGGUGGAACAGUCUAUUAAAAACAUGCAGAAAGAUUUUCGUUUAGCUCUGGGAUUGUCGGAUGAAUUAAUGCAACCCUUGAUCCUUACUUCAGCAGCUAAUGAAGUUUUCAAGCAUUCACGGAAACUGGGAUACGACGAUCACGAUUGUUCAUGUAUCUACAUGAAGGCUAGAAAAGGUAAAGAAGAUAACGCCGUAAACCACGGUACUAAAGUAAGUUGUAUGAAAAUGGUCUUGAAAAAUACGCAAGAACGAGAAGUUUAAAAAUCGAGAAAUUGAAUUGCCUAAUACAUAUUCUGGCAAGUUUUUAAUCACGCAAACAAAUGUUAUUUUAGUUGCAUUUUACUUUUGGUGUUCAUCAUAUUAAGUUAUGUCAACGUUUUUUUAAAUUAUAUGCGUUGAGAAAAACUGGUUUGUUUUUUAGACAAAAACAUUUUUUAUUUGCGAUUUGGUCGACAACUUCAGUCGUCUGUAUGAGUAUUGAAUUUUUAUUUCAUCAGUAUGUUUCGGAAAUAAAAAACUGAAUCAAA